AUUACUACGCGGAUGACUAAUUCGGCACCUCGUAAUUUUUUUGAUCCUUUGUGAAGUUGCAACUUGCAAGUUUGCGUGCUUAAUGUAAGGUAGAUUUGUUUUUCACUAUUUCCGAUUUCGUACUGUCCAUCAGUGAAAAUUUCUCCCGCAUCUUGUUCCAUUUGAAAUUCCCAUUCUUGACCCAGCUUUGUUAACGGGAGUGGUGAUCGUUCAAUUUAACACUCCAGGAACACAAAUUACUGCGAAUUUACAAUCUGACUUCAGGGUUUUUUCGUCCUUUUCUCCGUUUGCCUGGGUUACACUACCAAGAUUUUAACUCAAGUUGCGCGCUGUGAGACGCCUAUACGCUCCAUCAUGGAUGCGCCCGUAUCCGGCCACGAUCAAGGACCUGUUGCUGUGGCUGUUUGCUUGGACAUUCGCGUUCCUCAUACAAACCGGAUCGUACGCAUUCCUUGUCCUCCGGAAGCUGUGCAGAAAUGUUCAACAAUUCGAAACGUUCUGGAUUUAACGGCCGAUGAAAAAGGUGGACACUCUGCUCUGCAGAUAAUCACAAUUCCGGAUUUUGUCAAUAUUGAUGCUCCAUCUGUGAGAAAAGUCUUCAGUGUUCUGAAUUGCCUACACUGCAACGCGAUGCCCACAGCGACCAGUGGUGCGUCGGAGUGGAUCACUUGGGUACUGCGCUUCGCUCAAUUCCCUACCCACACUCAGCUGCGGGAAUCGGAUGUCGAGCAGGGAAUACUACGCUUAUACCGUGCUUACUGUGCGGCGGAUUACCUGGGAUGCGAAGAACUGCGGCGUGUCCUCGAGGGAGCUCUAAACGGCAUUUAUCUGGUGGUCAAAAUGCCCGUCGAAGAUUUUCGCCAUUUCCUGAUGAACAACGCAAAAUCGCGCCUCAUAUUCGACGAGUCGUUAUACUGCGGCGUGAUGAUUGUCCGCAAGAAGUUGGAGAAAUUUUUUAUGGUCACCUUGCCACGUACGAAUGAACUGGUCAAAGUGCUCUGAAACUUGCAGUUUGGAGGAAUCGGAAGUUGAAAAAUCAGGAUGCACACAAAAGAACCGACGGUUAAUUGUUUUGUGUUAUGCGCGACUGAUCCUUUAAUUAUACAUAUUGCUUUGCACUGGUUUGCAGUUCGCACUUGUUAACCAACUGGAAGCCGUUAUACAGACUUUUUACUUUAUAGCAAAGGUUUUUUCAUGAAUAACCAGGCAGACUUAAAUUUUUUACAUCAGUGUGAUAUCCACAGUCACAUCUCUAUGCCUGUGAGUCUGCGCUUGGGUUCCAGACCGUUGAGCGAUAAUAAAACGCUUC